AUGAAUGCGUCUAAAGCUGAUCAAGAGGUCAAACACGUGGCCCGAGACCUACUUUCUAAGGACCCAGUCAAGUUUAAUUCGAGCAUCAACGCUCAUUUUGCCGGCAGUGCCACCUACCAUGGUCGUGGUCUCAAUAUCAACGGCUCCAGUCAAAUCAAGCAUGCCGCUUACCUCCUUAACCUUCUCGAUUUUGGCUCUGCGGCAACGAUCGCAGACGCUGACGUCCGUUGGGACUCUGCGAGCUCCACAGCCAUCGUCAAGGCCACGCGCCACGUGCGACCCGCUUUGUUCCCACUCUUCGAAUUCGCGGUGCCUACCAAGGUGGUGCUCAGCUUCAACGCUGACGAAAGCGCCAAGCACACGCUCUACUGCACGCAGUGGCACGACGAAUGGCCCCUGGAGCAGCUGAUUCAAGCUGUGCCUGGAGUGAGCGCUUUGUACAAUUCGCUCCUGGUGCCGCUGCUGUCGAUGGUCUUCCUGUGGGCUUCCAAUGCCGCCUUCUGGCUCCACACCAAGCUCGAGUCGGUAAAGAACCGAUACGGAAGAGAGGCCAUCCAGGUCUUCCGACAAAACGUACAGCCUCGCCUUCCGCAUAGCCUCAUCAACGGAUUUGACGCGGGCGUCCACGUCUCUGAGCACGUUGGUCAACAGAGCCUCCAUAUCAUCUCGAGCAUCUCUCACGGACCUUUGACGCUUGUUGAAGAGCUAGCUCGCACCACUACAGUCGUCUUGAACCUCGCUCUCCCUCACCAGCUUCAGCUUCCGUACCCCUCGGUCUGGACUGACACGUGCCGUGUUGACCAGGUCAAGUCAUCCAAGGUCGAGUUGCAAGUUCGUGAUACAGCCAAAAAAGUCUCCGAGAAGGCUUUUGAAGCACUGCAAGACGUUUCUGACAAGGUACGGUCGACCGUCAACCUGGACGUGGAAGGCUCCCAGUCUCCCAAACGCAAAGUCUCUGGUUCUCCCAGCUCCAGCGACAGGAGCGCCGAGGGCGGUAAAGCCGAGCAGCAGCAGCAGAAGCAGGAGCAGCAGUCUGCGAUUCAGAACCAGACCCAUCAGCCCAUCAUGGAUGAUGCCGCUACAGAUCACAAGCGCCAAGCCGAAGCGACGCUUAGCGAAGAGCCUAGACAUGCCAAAGUCGUCGUUGGCCCUUCGCACGAUGGAUCUCAGCAACCACAGGCUAAAGAGAUCGAUAUCGUCACUCAGCAAGUGCAUGAGCACGAGAAGCCUCGCGCCGAAUCGGCCAAGCAGUCUCUAUAUGACGUGCUCAAGAAGGAUGAUCAGCUGCCUAGUAGCAAUGGCAACGGACGUGGCGGCAAGAAGUCGUCGCACAAAAAGAAGGGAAAAAACGGCGGCCGCAAGUGA